GCUGGAUGACUGCAAUCUCUCCAGCAGUAACUGCGAGGAUCUCUCCUCCAUCAUCAAAACGAACCCAUCCCUCACGGAGCUGAAGCUGAACAACAAUGAGCUGGGAGAUGCCGGCGUCGAGCACCUCUGUAAGGGGCUGCUGAUGCCGAGCUGCAGCCUGCAGAAGUUAUGGCUGCAGAACUGCAACCUGACGAGCGCCUGCUGCGAGACGCUGCGCUCCGUCCUCAGCGCGCAGCCCUCCCUCACCGAGCUGCACGUGGGCGACAACAAACUGGGAACCGCUGGCGUGAAGGUGCUGUGCCAAGGGAUCAUGAACCCCAACUGCAAGCUCCAGAAGCUGCAGCUGGAGUAUUGCGAGCUCACAGCCGACAUCGUGGAAGCUCUCAACGCCGCUCUGCAAAGCAAGCCCACCCUGAAGGAGCUGAGCCUGAGUAACAACACGCUGGGGGAUACAGCUGUGAAGCAGCUGUGCCAGGGCCUGGUGGAGGCGAGCUGCAACCUGGAGUUACUACAUCUGGAGAACUGUGGCAUAACCAGCAAUAGCUGUCGGGAGAUCAGCGCUGUUCUCAGUAACAAGUCGUCGGUGCUCGACCUCUCUGUGGGGGAUAACAAGAUCGGGGACUUUGGUCUGGCUCUGCUCUGCCAAGGGCUGAUGCAUCCCAACUGCAAAAUCCAGAAGCUAUGGUUGUGGGACUGCGAUCUCACGAGCGCCAGCUGCAAAGAUCUCUCCAGACUCAUCAGUACGAAAGAGACCCUCCUGGAGAUCAGUCUGAUAGACAAUAACCUGAGAGACUCUGGGAUGGAAAUGCUGUGCCAGGCGCUCAAGGACCCCAAGUCAAAACUCCAGGAGCUAUGGGUCAGGGAGUGCGGGCUCACAACCGCGUGCUGCAAGGCCGUCAGCUCCGCGCUCAGCUCCAACAAGCACUUGAAAGUGCUGCACAUGGGUGAGAACAAGUUGGGAGACGCAGGCGUGGAGCUCGUGUGCGAAGGGCUGCUGCACCCCAACUGCAACAUCCAGUCCCUGUGGCUGGGUAACUGUGAUCUCACAGCCGCCAGCUGCGCGACCCUCGCCACCGCCAUGACCACCAAGCAGUCCCUCACCGAGCUGGACCUGAGCUACAACUGCCUGGAAGACGAAGGCAUCAGGAAGCUCUGCGAAGCCUUGAGGAACCCCAGCUGCAACGUGCAGCAGUUAAUUUUGUACGACAUCUACUGGAGUUCCGAAGUAGACGAUGAACUGAGAGCCCUAGAGGAGUCCAAGCCUGAAGUGAAGAUCAUUUCAUGA